AAGAAGAAGAAGAAGAAGAAGAACUACCUACCUUCCUUUAUCACUUUCUCUCUCUACAGGAACUCGCCGGAAUCUGCACCGGAAACUUCCAUUUAUUCCGGCGAUGGUGACUGAUCAUGAGCUCGUUAAAGCUGAAGCGACAGAUGAUCUCUGUGUUUACGGAUUUUUCUUCUGAAAACUGACUACACAUACAUGCCAAACAGCUUUGAAGACGUUCACGGAACAUUCAGGAAAACAAAUAGGAGGUUCACAUGCAUUGCUGCAUGGCAGUUGUGACAUUACCCAAGAUAGAAUUUCUUCAGUAAGUACAUCAAAAGCAGAGCCUGCCAAAAGCUCAUGAUUGAAAAAGGACCACAAAAAUAAGCCUUGGUCUCAGAACUACUAUAGAUGAAACUUAGAAGGGAAGACUGUACAUUUUCUGAGGACAUGUCAUCACCUAUAAAAAGAAACAUAAGCAGUACAUCUGAGUCAUUAUUCCAAAUGAGUCCGAGCUCAUCCUCACAGCCCAUAACUUUUGGCAGAAAAUUGGGAUUAUGGACAAAUAAUAUUAUGAUCCAUGAGUCAGUUGAUACAUCUAGCCCUGAGGAUGGUGAGGGGCAUUUGGCAAAUGCAGAAACAGUUGAGGUGCAAGCCCUGCAGAAUCUCCUUCCAGAUGAAGAUGACCUCUUUUCUGGAAUGAUUGAUGAAAUGGUAUAUAAUGGUAAUGAAGUUGACGACUUUGAUGAUUUUGAUUUAUUUGGUAACUGUGGUGGGAUGGAACUUGAAGUAGAUAAACUUUCUUUGUCUCCGAAUUCAAGUGGAAGAGUUCUCAAUGGUCUGGAGACGUGUACCGGUUCACUUGAAAAUAGAUCAAUUCACUUCUUGCAUUCUGCUAGAUAUAUGUCUGAGGUUGGAUUGAACAAAUAUCAGACAAGUGGAAGAAGCAUUUCUACCACUGAGAGCACACUGGCCUCUCCUGUAAGAACGCCUUCUUUUGGCACUUGCAUUGGUCUUCCUGAGGGAAACCACUCUCUGGAUCAACUCGGUAAUCAAUGUCCACCACGAUUACAUCCCUUUUCGGUCCCUGAUUCUUGUAUUGGAAUUGGUUUCAUGAAUUCACACACGACCUCAGAUACUGUAAUAGACAUGGCAGGAAAAAUUGCUGUCAAUAAUUUCAUAACAGAGAGCGGUAAUCAUCCACGUGUGAUGGCUUCUACAAACCAGGAUAUCGAAUUUCAUACAAGAGUUCCUGGUCUCAUAAGAAAUGGAAACUGUCUUGCUAGUGAGCAAUAUCAGGCGGACACCAAUUUAUAUUGGAACAACCAUUCUACACCACUGGUGUGGCCUAAUUCUUCAUCUGGCUAUCCACAACUGACUGGACAUCCUGGAAUGCCAAUUGGUAACCUCAACAAAGUCUCACAUCCACACUAUCCAUGUGUUGGAUCAGCACCUUCUGCUAGCUGGUCCUUGUUGGACAGGAAAAACGCCCAUAAACCAGAAUUUCCCCAAUCAUUAAGUUUUUGCUCGAAUUCUUUUGGAAAUGGUCUCAUCAAUCACCCAUCAUUACAUUUGUUGGGAAGAGAUUCUGGUGGAAAAUGUAGUGAUCUGUCUACUACUAAUGCUUGGUGCAAUCCCCAUCUGAUAAGUCAUAAUUUUUCCAACACAACUGGAAUUAGUUCGGUGCCUAACUCAUUCAGUUCACCCCCCAAAUGCGUGAAAAACCUGUCACAGAGGAGAAGUCACGGUGGUUUUCCUCAGGCUGAUAUCAAGCAAUUUGAGCUUGACAUUGACCGUGUUUUGCAUGGGGAAGACUACCGAACAACAUUGAUGAUAAAGAACAUACCAAAUAAGUACACUUCUAAAAUGCUGCUAGAUGUCAUUGAUGAACAGUGUCAAGGAAAAUAUGAUUUUAUAUAUUUGCCCAUUGAUUUCAAGAACAACUGCAAUGUGGGCUAUGCAUUUAUCAACCUCAUUGAUCCACUUCACAUUAUUCCUUUCUACAAGGCAUUCAAUGGUCGAAAAUGGGACAAAUUUAAUAGUGAAAAGAUGGUUGCCCUUGCAUAUGCCCGGAUUCAAGGAAAAACUGCUCUUAUUGGCCAUUUUCAGAACUCGAGUUUGAUGAAUGAGGAUAAACGUUGUCGUCCUAUCCUCUUCUGUACAAAUGGUCCAAAUGCUGGUGAACAGGAGGCAUUUCCAUCGAGGGCUAGUGGUAGGGGAAAAAGUGGUAAAGCAAGGAGCAGUUUCAUGGAAGAAAAUGAGAAUAGGCAGCAGCAGGCUAUAGUCCAUUAAAACUAAAGGAUGUAUUGUUAAUUAAAAAACAAACUCUUCUACUACUACUUUAAGGAAGCCCUAAUUUUGCAAGUAAUUUGAAUUUUCUUCACUAACAACUUAUGGAAAAGUUGGUCAAACUUUCUAGAACAUAUUUUGUUGCCUACAAAUUUUGUCUUAUUGCUUAUGUAAACACUUAUGUUCUG